GAACAUUCUUUUGGUCGGUAAAUUAAGGCUUUGCAUUAGCAAAAUGAUUAUCGUGCGCCACUCUAUAUUUUUUAGCUUUAUCCUGGUGCAGGUGUGCUUUGUGUGUAACACAUUUGUGUUAGAAACAAGUGGAAAAUUAUCGGAGAGUGACAUCAACAAGAGAAGCAGUUUAACAUCAGGUAAAUGUUAGGUUGAAUAUUUCAAAUAGCCUCGUAUCUACACGUGCAAUUUUUAGUUAUUUUUCGCAAAAUUUUUCGGUAAUAACAAACAUACGUACAACUGAAUGGGAAAAAAAGUUUGUCUUUGCGUUGUAUACAAUAAAUGCAAACUAUCCAAGGGCUGUGGGAUAAAAUUGAUAACGAAGCAGUAGGCAUUUACCAUUAAGCAAUUUGUCCUUUUUCAUCGAUGUCAUUUUGUUUUUUACGCAUCUGAUGACGAUUAUUGUGAACAAAAUCACAAUAAUUCAAGAUUUCAAAGAUGUCUGAAUCGUCAUUCUAUGCCAAAGUGUUAAAUUGGAGGCUGUUGUUUUAGUCAUUACGCAAACAGAAGAAAUUUCAUGGUGCGAAGGUGUUUUAUCAGGUGCCUUUAUUAUUUCUGAAGUGAUUAUGCGUCUACUCCCCUUUCGAAAGUUCGGCAAAUGAUCAGUUUACACGUUGGCGAGUUUUUCGAAGGUUUGGUCGGGAAUGAGAUGCAAAUAUAUGAGGGUAGUAAAAGGUUUAACAUAACGCGUGAUUAUGGCAAAAAUUGAUUUGUGACGCGUGUAUUUUGCAGGCGAACGUGAUGGUGAAUUUAUGAACCAGCGUCAGGCACGAUUUGCCUCCUAAAAUAUGUGACCCGUGAAUCUUUUCUUUCGUUUCGUGAAAACCUCAAAAUUUACCUCAAAUCUCGUGCACAGGCAGGUAGCCAAUGCGACCAAAUUUUUCACUUUGGCGACCAAAUCCUGAAAGUUAGUCGCCAAAUUGGCGACUAGAACGUUUCAUCAUAACCUUACCUAGAGAUAUACUGAAUUAGAAAGAUUUGCAAAGAUAAAUCCGCGGCAAACGUAGCACGUGCUUCUCGAUCGACAACUAGACGCCGUCUUGGAUUUAGAUGAGCCUGAAAGUUGUAUAUCAUCCAUCCUAGUGUCCAAUUUAUAGCACGUUAAGGAUCUUUUCCCUAACUUAAUUUUGGAGGGUCUAUCUAGAACGCUGACAGCGUAAAGAAAGAUUUUGUUUGUCUUUGAAAAUGGCGACAAACUUUUUUUGAAUUGGCUACCACUUUGAAGAAUUUAGGAGCCAAAUGGCUAUCAGAAAAAAAAAAGUUAAUUUCACGCCCUGAAAUUGAAAAGGUUCCCAACCUCGCGUAAAAAACAGAAAGCGCAGAAAAAAUUUCUUUUGACGUUUUAAAAAUCAUUCAAAGGGAGCAAAGUAUGGUUGUUAGGUCUGACAGACCAAUAUUGUAUUCAAUGUAUUGGGCCUUAAAAAUGAAAAACAAAUUUAAUAAUGAAAUGACACAGACUGAAAUACCUUCUUUUACACAUAAAGGGCAUUGAAAUGGUACUUGCUGAAUUUCUAGAAAGGGGCACUAAAAGUUGAUGUCCUUUCAGAACGGGGUGUCUCUUUAAAUACAAUUUUUGGCAAUGAUUUCUAACCUCGGGAACUGAGUGGCACAUGUCAAAUCAACCUAAGUCAUCUUUCCGAAAUCUGGGAUGUGGUGAUUUUUGUUUUAUAUUUGACUUAUGGCUCGACGUUGAGUCCGGGUAUCAUCCGUAAGCCCCCUCCCCUCAGAACAAGAAUGUCUCGGGGGAGUUUAUCAUCCGACACAAGAUACCUUUAUUAACAUUACUCUAUGAAUUCAAUAAAGGAAUGAAACACUGAAUUUUUAAUCUCUUGACACUAACUUCACUUUUGCGUCAGCUUUAUAUCGUGUAGAGGUGACAACUGCUGAUGAUCAGUGGGGAACAGGGACCGACGCAGAUGUUAGUAUUCAAAUCUUCGGAGUCAAAGGAAACACAUCAGUUGUUGAACUAACCAAGCCAGGCAACCUGUUUGAAAGCGGAAAGUAAGAGUUAUUCUAAUCUCACAGUACUACAGAUCUAAGAUUCCGCGAGUAGGGCCUGAUUCGACAGGUUAUCCAUUUUGAAUGGAUUAGCCCAUAGUGACGCUUUCCACUUUAGCUCGAAAGACUAUUUUGGAAGGCUAUGUACUCGAUCAUUUAUUUACUCAUUUAUUAACCUGUUUUUUUAUACUUUAUGGGCCGUUUUAUUCAUUUGAAAAGUUGCCAUUUGUUCAUAACACUCAUCAUUUUUUAUGGACAAGUGGUUUUGGGGGAUGUGAACAUUACGAAACACAAACGCGAAAAAAAAACAACAACAAACAGAUAAAAAAAAUCACAUAACGACAAUUUCAUAAACAUUUUACCUAGGCAAGGAAUAAUGCAGCACUCAGUUGGUGAUCAAUAACCCACUAUGUCACAUUAACCAUAAUUUUAUAUUUAAAAGCUGAACUUCUGUAAAAUUUCAAUCGCUUUCUUUUUUUUCAGCACUGAUGAAUUCAUUUUUUUGGGAAAGGCUGUUGGUUCUCUGACAAAAGUUGGUAUCAAAAGGAAUGAAAAGGGACUCUUUGACAGCUGGAAAUUAGCGAUGGUAGGAAUAAUAUUUUAUUUCAAUAUUGGCUUCAGAUGCGCAAAUAGUCUGACCCGACAAAAAUUUAUUAGAUACCUUCCUUUUUAAUUGAAUACUUUACAAUCAAGCGUUGUUUCUGAUUCGCCUAUUAACAAGUAGCUUUUCACUGGUAUAUUUACACCUACCAGUUAUUCAAGGAACAAAAGUUCACUUAUAACAACCAAAUUCAGUCAAAGACCAAUUUAAGAAGGGCACGAUUGGGGACCUUGUGUCAAGUGUUUAACUUAGGAACGAAAACUCCUGAUUCAAACCCUGACUGGGUUAUUAUGUCCACCUCUGACCGAAAAAUAUUCAAUCGCAGUGCUGAUUUCUGCGUAGAAGCACUGAUGGGAAUCAGCAAUCUCACGGGGAAACUAGGUAAAUAUGCAGGGGUUCGAAGUAUAUACCUCCCAUUUAGCGAUGAUUUUGGUAACCUAAAUAUUUACAAAACUGAGACAAGCUCUUUUAACUGUUCUGCGAACAAUAUGCUCAUGUUCCCUACUGCUAAACGUUCCUUACAAGAGUCUUGGACGUGUUGUUUUCUUGUCGUAGGUCUCUGGCUCUCGUUUUAUUGAUUGUUCGAGGAGUUUAGGGCCUUAAUUGUCCGCCGUCAUAUUUAUUGAGACUUUUUUUCCUUUAGGUUACUGUUAAGCCUGCUGGAUCUCUUGUUCACAAGUUUGCUUUUAACGAUUGGAUACCUCCCAAUAAAUGGGUGUACAGUUUUGGUGGAAAUAUGCAUCGCCGGGCUUUUAAGCGUGCUUGAUUUUGAAAAUCACAAGGGGGGACUUUCCUUUUUCAUUAUUGUAGUAACUAGGGCUGAUUGUAUACAUCUGAUUGUAAUGAGAUGAAUAAAUAAAGUCAUUAUUCGUCUCGCAG